UGUUGCCAAUGGAAACCAAUGCUUUCAGCCAUUAACAUCCAUUGUUGUUCAUCCAACACCCCAGUGAAUGAGCUUACUGCUUUGGUUGUGAUCAGCCUCUAGAGGGUCCCAGAUAUGGCUGCAAUGAAUGUAAGUAUUCUCUUCAUAAGGGAUGCGCAGAGUUAGAGUUCCCCUCCCACAUUAUCCUUUCCACCCUCCACACCCUUUGAUUCUCCUCCCAAACUAUCCUUACCUGGGUUCUUGUAACUUCUUUGAACGCCGCUUUAGGGGAUUCGCUUAUCGCUGUGAUUCCUGUGACUUCGAUCUCCAUGGAACCUGUGCUUUGCUUCAAGUCUCCGUUGCUUCCAAUUUUCCUACUUGUUUGCACCAGCAUCCAUUGUUCUUCGUCCAAAACCAUGACGAGGAAGUCAUAAACGAUUGCUGCGGUUGCAAGAAUCCAUUGUCCGGUCCCAUUUACCACUGUUCCGAUUGUACUUAUCCCACCAUCUUUAACCUUCAUAAGAAAUGCGCAGAAUCAAGCCUUGAGAUUCAACACCCAUAUGACCGUAAGCAUCCUCUUACUCUCUUGUCGGCACCAGCUGCUACUCAUCGUCUCGAUUGUAGCUGCUACUUGUGCAAAAUCCAGUGGGAUGGGUUUGUUUAUUCUUGCUCUAUUUGCAACUUUGACCUUACCCUUGAUGAUUUCUUGGCACCAAAAGAAAUCACAUUUUCAAGCCAUGGACACCACAGGGUUCUUUUACUGAAACAAAUUUCAUUUGUUUGUGAUUCCUGUGGCAUCGCCGGAGAUCACAGCCCUUAUCUCUACAUUAUGUGUAACCUUGUUGUACACAAGAAAUGUAUUUCGAUGCCCCGGAAUAUCAUGAUUACACGACAUCAUCAUGUGAUUUCUCAUUCAUUUUAUCUUCAAGAAGAUCAGUUUGAAGAUUGGAUGUGCAGGAUUUGUUACGAGGAAGUCGAUAUGAGGUAUGGUGGUUGCUGUUGUUCUAAUUCGGAUUGUAUUUAUAUUUUUCAUGUACAUUGUGCAACUAAUAAAGCAAUUUGGGAUGGAACAAUUAUCUCGGAAGUCGAUGAGAGGUGCAAGGAAGCACCGUGUGAGUAUCGAAACUUGAUUACCGAUGGUGUUGAACAAAUGAGUAUCGGUGAGGAUAUGGUCGCGGUUGAGAUAAAAAAAUGCGUAUCAUGAUCACAAUCUAAAACUCGUUUUUAGUGGCGAGAUAGG